UUUCAGAUUUGCUUCCUGUCUCGUAGGUCUGGUCGUCUCGCGAGAGUUGGACGCGAGCAGCAGAGAGAAGCUAGCCGUCGGAGCUAAUCGUCGGAGCUCGCUGACUUUAAAUCAACUGUUCGGUGAAACGACAACAUGAAUUUAACAUCUACCGUCCGAUGAGUUUACGAUCCGCAGUUAGCUGGCGACGCUUAGUUUGGACUUUACUACGAUAUGGAUUUAAAGACAGUCAGUCGUUCCCCGAGAGAGGAGGGCGAGCUGGAAGACGGAGAGAUCUGCGAUGAUGAAACCGAGGAGAGUGUGCCGAUCCGGCGGGGGGAUGGGAGCAGGCCGGGCCGCGGCGCUCCUCCACGGGCACGAAAACCUCACCAACGUCCGCACAACAUGCUGCCACACAUGGGCCACCAGCCGCCGGAUUUCCGCCGCCUGAUGCCGUACAACCGCGGACCUCACGGACAUGGCCCUUUCCCCCCGAGCCACAGGCAGCAGUGCGGGCCGAGCGGGCCCGACCGGCCUCCUGCCGCCUCUCCUCCUCAGCCGCUGCUGCCGCCGCCCCCGGGUCUCGGUCCUCACUGCGAGCCGAGCCCGCGGACCAGCUUCUGGGAACGGAGCCACGGCGCCCUGGGCCGGUUCAGACACCGGGCCAUGCCGAACGGUGGACGCGGGGCCUGGAACCGAGGCAGCCGGGGCGGUGGAAACACCAGAGGUCCCCUCGGUCGUUACGGGUCCGCAGAGAGUCACGGCAUCAAGAAGGACUCUCCCUCGAGAAAACAAAAGCCGCUGGGCAGGAAUCCGGCGAGAAAACCGGCUCACAGUGUUUCCAAACCAGAGAACAGUGUUGACGAGUCCUUUGAGGAUUUGCUGUCCAAGUAUAAGCAGAUUCAGCUGGAGCUGGAAUGCAUCCGGAAGGAGGAGACGAUGGCUCUGGAGCCCAAAGUGUCCCCCGCCAGAGACCAGACGCCGGACAACGCUGCCAGUAUUACCGAGACCGAACCGGUACCUGAACCAGCUCAGAGUCCGGCAGGACCAGAGGAAACGUCCGAGCUGGAGGCGGCCGAGAAGAAAGUGUUCCAGGCGUUCAACAUCAAACCCCUCCGCCAGAAACUGCCCCCCCCUGCUAGUCUGGACGAGCUGCAGAGGAAACGGGCCGAGCAGGAUAAAGGAGGCGAUGCUGAAAAACAGGGUGAAGGAGGAGAAGGAGGAGAAAGAACAACACCUGACGGAGCGGAAACAGAAGAAAAAGCUGAUGAAGAGUCAGAGGAGAUGAAGAAGACGUGUCCGAGCUGCAGCGAGGAAACAGACAAAGAAGAGAAAGCUGCAAAGACGUGUUCGUGUCGGAGAGAAUCCUCGGCCUCCAGCGAGGACUCUGCCGUCUCUCCGGACAAGCCGGCGGUGAAGGUGGAGGAGGAGGAGCUGUCGGAGCUGCAGCUGCGCCUCCUUGCGCUGCAGUCGGCCAGUAAGAAGUGGCAGCAGAAGGAGCAGCAGGUGAUGAAGAAGAGCAAAGACCGGCUCACUAAAGCGGUCCAGGAGAAGAGCUCCAGCUCCGGAGCUGCUCCCGCCAGCAGGCAGAGAGUCACCACCAGGUCCGCCUCCUCCGCCGCCGCUGCUGCCGCUGCCGCCGCUGCUGCUGCUGCAGACCGGAACAGAACCAGGGCCAAACCUCUGGAGAGGGACCGAGACAGAACCAAGACCGGGCCAAGACCUCCAGACAGAGAGAGGCCCAAACCGAGUCCUAAACCUGGUCCCAAACCCCCACUGGAGCGAGUGAGAACUCCGGGAAAACCUCACAUGUCCAAGAAGAUGAUCAGUCCAGGCUCGGCAGCUAAGCAGGCGUUCAGGAAGCAGCAGCUGAGGACGUGGAAGCUGCAGCAGCAGCGAGAGCAGGAGGAGAAACGCCGCCAGGAAGAGGAAGAACGACGCAAACGAGAGGACGAAAUCCGUCGAAUCCGAGAUCUGUCCAACCAGGACGAGCAGUACAACCGCUUCAUGAAGCUGGUGGGAGGAAAGACGAGGACGCGCAGCAAGUCCAGGGAUCAGGAACACAGGAAGUCUGCGGGUAAGCAGGGCCUGGACGCCUCGGGGAACCUCUACCAGUAUGACAACUACGACGAGGUGGCGAUGGACACGGACAGCGAGACCAGUUCACCAGUCCCGUCUCCGACACGCGAGCCGCUGGCUGCGGACCAUCCCGGAUGUUUCCCUCAGGUGUCUCUUUACGUGACGGACUCUCAUCAGUUUGGAAUGGACUUCUCUCAGCCGUUCCUCUCCCCCGUGCUGUCCGGUGUUCCUCCCCCGCCUCCGCCUCUCCCCCCUCCCCCAGACGAGCUGGAGCCUCCUCCCAAACCUCCCUUCGCUGAUGAGGAAGAGGAGGAGGAGAUGCUGCUCAGGGAGACCUGUCUGAUGUCUAUGGCCAACAAGAGAGUGGCAGCGCCUGAGGAGAAGAGCUCCAGCGGUCCUCCGUCUCCCAGCUGUCCGCCUCCUGCAGGCGUCCAGCUGCCGACCAGAGGAAACCUGAGCACCGUCAGUCUGAACACGGUGUCUCAGUCCCGAAGCAACAAGUUCAGCAGAGGACAUCACGCUCCCAGAGCUCCGCUGGUGCUGCCCAGACACAAGUCAGUGGUGGUUUCUCUCAAUGAUUCAGACGACAGUGACUCUGACGUGGACACCUGCAGCUCCACACAGGCGGCGUUUGGAGGACUGGAGUUCAUGAUCAAAGAGGCCAGAAGGACCGUCGAGGCAGCGAAGCCUAAAGCAGCGUCAGGAUCUGAGAAGGAGAACAACCCCGUCAGAACUCCUGAAGCUUUACCUGAAGCCAAGAAAGCUGAGUACCGCCUGCUCAAAGAGGAAAUCGCCAGCAGGGAGAAGCAGAAGAUGUUGAAGGAUCUCAGUCUGAGCCCUCGGAGCUUCACCUCACCUGCUGUCACUGAUUCUGCGGUGGAUUCAUCCGGAAAAUCAGCUGCAGAGCUGAAACUGACUGAAGCCGAGCAGAGACUCAACAAACAGAGAGAGCUGCUGCAGAGAGACGAGGCCGUCCUGAGACAUCUGCUCCAGCAGGAGCUGAAGAAGAGAGAGUCUCUGAAGGCUGCUGAGGGGAAGGUGGCCAAACUGAGAGAGCAGCUGCAGGCUUCAGAGAAGAUCGUCAGCGCAAACAAGACGCUCCUCAAGAAGCUCCAGGAACAGGUGCAUCGUGUUGAGCAUCGGGUGUCCAUAAAGAAGAGUCUGGCUGUCAGGUUGGAGCAGGAGCUGACUCAGGCUCAGCUGACUGUCGGCAGAGGCUCUAAACGCCGAACAGAGUCCAACCAGACGCUGCCCAGUAAGGUGCAGCGAGUGGACGGAGCUCCCCGCGGAUCAGAGCGUCACUUUGCGGAGCUGAUCGCUCAGAAGCAGCGGCUGCAGCAGCUCGAGUCGGAGUACGCCCUCAAGAUCCAGAAGCUGAAGGAAGCUCAGGCCCUGCGCAACAAAGGAGUCCCGCCAGACCUGCCCACAGAGCCCCCGGUCCGAGCCCCCACCCCUCCUGACCCUCAGACCCAGCUCCCACCUCCCUCCACCCCCUUCCCUCUGCCCCAGCCCUCCCUGCACGACCUCACCCAGGACAAACUCACCCUGGACAGUGAAGACGUCACCGAGGCCGACGAGCACGAAUCAGAAUCCGCACCUGCACCUGCACCUGCCGCCGCUGCCGCCGCUGCUAAAGGAACCCGCCGGCACUCCCUCCGUCAGUCCAGCAGCUCCUUCACCAAACCCAACCUGGAGCAGCUGAGCUCCACUCCAGCUAAAGACAACAGCACCGCCAAACCUGCUAAGACUUCACCCAGCUGCAAGCUGCCUGCGGAGAUGUUUGCAGGGCUGGACGUGGACGCUCUGAAGCUGAGGUACCAGCAGCAGGCCCGGCUGGGGGAGCUGCUGCUGAGGGAGCUGCACAAAGUGGGGGAAAGUGUCGACAACCCCCCGGCUGGAAAGGUGGUUUCAGUGGAGGUGGACGCAGCCACGAGCCAAUCGGGGAGCGCAGAGCUGAAGCCGGUUCCCUUUGGAUCAUAUCACAGCCCUCUGCUGGUCUUCAGAUCAUACAGGUUCAGUCCGUAUUACAGGACCAAGGAGAAGCUAUCACUGAGCUCUGUAACAUACAGCAACACCAUCGAACCUCGAAAGUGUUUCUGUCGCUUUGAUCUCACGGGAACCUGCAAUGAUGACGACUGCCGAUGGCAGCACAUGAGAAACUGCACUUUGACUGGAAACCAACUUUUCCAGGAUAUCCUGUCGUACAGUCUGCCCCUGAUUGGCUGCUCUGAGAGCAGCUCAGACGAGGACGUCAGCGCUGCUACAGAAAAGUACAUGAAGAAGCUGUUUGGCACAAACAAAGACCGAAUGGGAAUCGACCAGAAGGCCGUCCUCCUCGUCAGCAAAGUCAACGAAAGCAAGCGACACGUCCCUCCCUUCACCACCUGUAAAGACAUGAGGAGGUGGAGGCCGAAGCCGUCGGCGCAGAGCGGCUUCAGCCCAGAGGACGACAGCGAGGACGAGACAGCAGGUGGAAACCUGACGGCUGGGAGACACGAUGACUGCUCCAGGACCAGCCUGUCUGCUCUGGAUGUGUGCGUCACAUCAGAGGACAAACGUUAUUUUGUCAGUGAGACGGACGACAUAUCGAACCUGGAGACCAGCGUCCUGGAGAGCCCCCGAGACACUCAGCUGUGGAUCAAACUAGCCUUCAAAUACCUCAACCAGAAUGAAACGUCUGCAGCGGAGUGUUUGGAAGCCGCCUUGAACACGUUGUCUCGCGCUCUGGAAAGUAACUGUGAUAACCCGGAGGUGUGGAGCCACUACCUGUCUCUGUUCUCCAGACGAGGCAGCAGGGAGGAGGUCCAGGAGAUGUGCGAGAUGGCCGUGGAGCACGCGCCCGACUACCGAGUGUGGUGGAACUAUCUGAAGUUGGAGAGCUCGUUCGAGGGGAAAGACUACGUGUGUGAUCGCCUGCUGCAGUUUCUCCUCGCUGAAGCGUCUCCUGGCGUCUCAGAGAAGCUGUCCUUCCAGCUGAUGGAGGCUCUGCUCUACAGAGUCGACCUCAACCUGUUCACCGGCAGGAUGGAGAGCGCUCUGGCCAUUUUACAGAACGGCUUGAAGUCAGCCCACGACAGGAGUAUAGCUGAGCACCUGACAGCCGGCGACCGUGCGUUGCUCUGGCUCUCUUACAUCCACCUGACGGAGUUCGACCGGCUGCCGUCCGACCUGUACGACCCGGCGGAGUCCGGUCCCUCCAGGCUGGUCAGCAGAGAGUCCUUCCUGCUGCCCUGGAGGACACCGCAGGACGUCAGCACGCCGCUUGACAUCCUCAUCGCUCUCUUUCGAGAUGCCAUCCUUCAGUGCAGCGACGAGUCUCUGUCUCAGAGUGAGAGGACGCUCGCCUGUCUGCCUCUUCACACCAACCUCAUCUUCCUCCACAAGCUGCUGGACAGGUUCGAUGAGGGUGUCGCUCUGUGUGAGUCUCUGCUGGAGUUUUGUCCCGAGUCUUGCACUCUGCGAGACGCUCUGGCCGACCUCCACAUCAGGAAAGGAAACGGCGAUCGGGCGGUCAGCAUGUGGCUUCACGCUCUGGCAGAGUGUCCCAACAACGCUGAGGUCUUCUAUCACUCCUGCAAGUUCCUGAUGGCUCAGGAGAAGUCGAGUGCCAUCGCUCCUCUGUUCAGAGGGUUCAUCCUGUCUCUCUGUGAGGACGAACAGAGUCAGAAGAAACCUGUGGAUGUGCUGCGGCACAUCCUUGGUUUUCCCACUGAGGAGCUCCUGAGAGGUCCGAUCAUCAGGGAGCUUCAGGAGCAGCUCAGUCAGCAGAUGCCUUACCUCCAUCUCAUCCACUGUUGCUGGCAGUGGCUGCACGGCUCUGUGGAGGACACGGUGGACGCCUUUGAGAGAGCGCUGGGUUCCGCCAUGCAGCUGGAAGAGCUUCACAAACUCUGGAUGGAUUACCUGGAGUUCAGCAGCAGUCAGCGGGCCCGCGGUCCGGCCAGCAGUCAGUCCAAACUGUUCUCAGAUCUGGUCCAGCGCUGUCUGAGCACCGUCCCGUCGCGACUGGAGGUUCCCUUCAACCCGGCGGCGUUCUGGAGCUGCUACAGCUUCCACAACAAGGUGGUGACUCUUUACCUGAGCUGUCUGCCGCAGUCCCAGCAUGCACUGGUCCUGGAGAGACUGAGAUACGCCAUGCCCAACAACACUGAACUGGGCCUGAGGUUGCUGCAUCAGGAGUGGCGGGACGGAAACAUCGAGCACCUGAAGUUCCAGGCCCGGAUGUUGAGCAGUAACUCUCCGAGGUGUUUGGCCAACUGGAAAAUAGCGAUAGCUGUGGAGAGAGAGCUAAAGGAGCGAUCUGAGGUGCGACUUCUCUAUCAGCAGGCUCUGCAAAACCUUCCACUGUGUGCUGCCCUGUGGAAAGAUCGCCUGCUGUUUGAAGCAGCUGAAGGAGGUCAGACAGACAGACUGAGGAGGCUGGUGGACAGGUGUCAGCAGGUGGGAGUGAGUCUCAGUGAGCGGCUCAGUUUAGCGACUCGAGAUCAGACAGAAGAUCAGUGACGUCGUCAGCUGCAACAAUAAACUCAGAUUCAUUCAGAAUAAUUAAACCGAUCAGAUGUAGGUGAUUGAGUGAAAGCAGACAGAUGAGACGAGGUAAGACAGACGCCCCCCCCCCCACCUCCUCCAGGACACCACGAGCUCCCUCGAAUGUCCAAAAGUGUCUGGAGCUGCUUAAAUCACAUCAUGUACGUAAGUAUCGACCUGCUGAGUGCCACAGUGUUGCCUUUAUCCUGUUUUUAAUUCAUGUCCUCCCCCUUUUGUUUCUGUCACUUUUCAUUUGGAUUUCAUUUCCUCCCUUUUUAUUUUGAAUUUACCUGAGGGGGGGCUGUGGGGGGUUGUGGUUGGGACGGACCGUGACAUCUCACUGUGGUGUUUGACCCCCCGUGUGUGUUUUUAAAGGAUGUCCCCCCUCCUGUAGUGACGAUGCAACAUCUGCACGUUGUCUUUUCUUUGUCUCCUGAGGAAAAACAAGACUUUUAUUUUGUUACGAGAUCAAACAAAAACAAAAGCAGACAAACUGUUCCUGAGCUCGGCCGCCGCCUCUUUAGUAUUUUCUAUUUGGCUUCGUCCGGUCUGAGUGUGUGAGAGAGACUGCCACAGAGACUGAUCCACCUCCAGACCAGCACCGCUGUUAGAGACAGUCAGGACCUCAUGUGCAAUUUGUCUCUUUUUUCUUUUUGUCAAAAUUCUACCAUAUAAUGAUUAAAGAGUAUUAGCGAGCAGAGGAGAAGACGUCCUUCCACUGUUGUUUUUUUAUGUUGGAUUUAAAUGUUAUUAAAUUAUUUUCUAAAGAUAAAAAA